AUAAAUUUUGUAGACUUAAUCGCGAUGAAUAGAUGUACUCGUAUACUUCUGUUGCUCUCAGCUCUUUGGCAGUUUAGCGAUGCCACGAAAACACAUCUCUGUCAGCAAAUGAGCGAACUGUUUGCGUCCGAAUGCGAAGAUAUGUCAAAACCUGGAGAACCAGCUGUAAUGAAGGCGCUACAUGAUUCUUCUGUAAUAGCAGACUUUGAAAUUAUCAAUGAAGAUCUAGCAGAAAGAAUUACAUUUCUGGAAAACAAACUGAUCAAUAUGGAGGAGAGGUUUGGAAAAUUGUUGAACAAAAACGUCAAUGAAUCGGAAACUAUCACUCGAGAUACGUGUCCUGUGCGGUACGAGGAAAAGUGCUAUCGUGCGAUCUUGCACGAAAAGCAAGAUGUAGAUUAUGAGGAGGGGAAAAAUCUAUGUCAUAAAAUAGGAUGGAAGCUGGCUAAUGUUUAUUCAAUAGAACAUUUUGAAAAAUUGAAAAAAUAUCUUCUCACUCUCGUUGAACCGACAAAUUAUGUCACUGUAUGGGUUGCAAUGAGAUGGGAUCACAGAAGAAGGUAUGUCAUUUUGUCAAAUGGCGCAAUUGCUGAAGAUCUACCGACUCUGACAGGAUAUCCGAUUACAAAUAAUGCAACAAUGAACCUCUACAUAGAUAAUUCAACCGAUGCUGGGUCCAUCGGUCUGAUGAAUUAUGAUCAGUAUUUUAUGAGAAGAGGAGCAUUGUGCGAAGUGUAAAGCUGUGUUUUGCAAGAGCUUGUAACAUUCCUGCUGAAGGCAUUUGGUGGCAAAAAUUAAUAAUUUGAUAUAAAGAUUUUGCUAACUAGAAACGGUUUUUGUGUAUUCUCUACAAAUGCUCAGACUAUGUCUUGUGUAAUUGUAUGCUUUGUAUUCGACAGUAAAUUCUUUUUUUUAUUGUGUUUCCUAAACUUUUUCCAAUUGCCUCUGCCCCUUACGUAAAGCUGCUUUCACACCCAUAAGUCGAUUUUUGAAUUUCACAGUUAUAUAUAUAAAAACUCAAGUUGAGUGCCACAAUCGAAAUUAAGCAGCAUAUGGUAGGCUAUCUUCGUGAAGAACUAGAAGUAGAUAAACGCAACCACGUCAUCCGCUUAGAUAACAUUAAUUAAGCUGUUCAAGUUCUUUAACACUAUCUUGGUUAAAAUCGUAAAUUUAUCAUCUUUUACUGCGUUCACCAAUCAACAGCCAACAUGCUUUAUAGCUUAACAGGUACACCAAGUAUAAAAACUCGAAUGUGUUUGUUGUAAGGUUUCAAAUGCAGACGAAUUGAAUUCAGAAAUGUAAUUUGAGCCAUGUCGAGACUAUUGGGAAAAAAUGAAAUCAUGUAGGACAGGUUACUACGAACACGUAAAAAAUAAUAAUGAAUACUUUACAAUUUCAGCUGUUGUGAUUUAUCUAUAGACCAAUGGCAUAUUCUCAAAAUACCAUCCGGGAAACGAUUAAAAGGCGUAAGAUUUCUAUAUAUAUAUAUGUUUGUUUCAACUAGCAAAAAGUGAAUAUGAAAUAUAUAGAUCAAUGAACCUCAUACAAAUAUAUGCUCUUAACUUUGUCGUAAUCUAC